AUGACUGAAACCAUUCCAGGGCCACGCGCCCUGCCCAUCAUCGGCAAUCUUCUGGACAUCUGGGAGGAUCGAGCAAUCCCUAUCCGCGGCCUUGAGCGCUUCGCAGGAAUAUACGGCCCAAUCUAUCAAAUCACCGUCAACGGUAAACGGCGGAUCUUGUGUAGCUCUGCAAGUCUUCUUGAAGAGAUGGUUGAUGAGAGACGCUUCGUUAAAAUCCCGCCUGCGACUAUCUCGGAGAGACCAGGUCCCAAGGGGCUCUUCGCAGCGCGCAAUGAAGACCCUGACUGGGCUCAGGGCCAUCGAAUUCUCAUGCCGGCCUUUGCCCCAUUGUCUGUCCUGGACAUGUUCACGGACAUGAAGGACAUCGCAAAUCAAUUGAUUCUGUCCUGGGCGAGGAAAGGACCAGAAAACAAGAUCCUGGCCACUGAAGAUUUCACCCGAUUGACACUGGACACCAUCGCCCUCUGCACCAUGAGUUACCGCUUCAACUCGUUCUACCAAGACACCAUGCACCCAUUCGUACAAGCGAUGAAUGUCGUCUUCGCUGAGAACAACGCGAAAACGAGUCGACCCACAUUCAUCCAAAGUUUUCUGUUCAAGACCAACGCAGAAACCGUGCAGGCCAGGAAGGUCCUUGUAGAAACUGGGAAAAGGAUCAUCGAAAAUCGCAGAGCCAAUCCGACAGACAACAAAGAUGUUCUGAACACCAUGAUCUAUGGAAAAGACCCUAAGACAGGGGAGAUCAUGCGCGACGAACUCAUUAUCGAACAGAUGAUCACUUUUCUUAUUGCUGGCCACGAGACCACCUCUGGACUGUUGUCUUUCGCCACCAUGCAGCUGUUGAAGAAUCCCGAAACCUACCUUAAGGCACAGAAAGAAAUCGACGAAGUCAUCGGUACCCGGUCCAUCGAAGCUGGCGACAUCAGCAAACUGAAGUAUUUGAACGCUGUGCUGCGUGAGACUACCCGACUCAAUCCCACAGUACCCGUUCUCCAGAAACAAAUUAAUCCGGCGGUUGCACAUCAAACAGUCACUGUUGACGGUGGCAGAUACAAGCUUGAGCCAGCCGACAACAUUGUGAUAUUGCUAAGCAAAGCUCAAAGAGAUCCAAAAGUAUGGGGGGAGACGGCAGAUUAUUUCGAUCCUGACAGGAUGUUAGACGAAAACUUUGAUAGAAUCACAGCCAAAUAUCCUGGUACCUGGAAGCCGUUUGGAAACGGAAAGCGAGCCUGUAUUGGGAGACCUUUUGCCUGGCAAGAGGCGAUGCUGGUCCUCGCCAUGAUUCUGCAGAACUUCGAAGUGAAACUCGAUAACCCCAACUACAAGCCAGCCAUCAAACAAGCAUUGACCAUCAAGCCGGACGAACUAUACAUCCGAGUCACGCCUCGCAGGAAUAUGGAUGCCACAUCAAUGGACCUCUUGAUACACAGCAAAAGCGGAAACGACUCUCAAGCCCACUUGUCCUCUUCCAAAAAGGAGAUAGAGGUGUCUCAAUCCUUCAAACCGAUGACCAUUCUUUAUGGCUCCAACACAGGCACUUGUCAAGCUUUCGCUCAGCGGCUUGCAGCAGACUCAGGAUCGCAUGGGUUUCAUGCCAGUGUUCAAGACUUAGACAGUGCUACGAACGCAUUGCCGAAGGACCAUCCGGUGAUUAUCAUUACUUCCUCCUACGAAGGCCAGCCACCGGAUAAUGCGGCCAGGUUCAUGGAGUGGCUCUCAAGCUGUGGACAGGACUCUUUGCACGGCGUGCAGUAUACAGUCUUCGGCUGCGGCCACCGUGAUUGGAGCCAGACUUUCCACCGCGUUCCGAAGCUUGCUGAUGAGCUUCUGGAGAGAUGCAGUGCUAGAAAGAUCGCUUCUUCGGGCUUUACCGAUGCGUCGAAGGGUAAUAUGUACGGCGAAUUCGAAGAGUGGCUGGAGAAUUCUCUUUGGACAGAGCUCUCCGGCAGCGAGAGCAAAGCGGGCCAAGCUGAGGUGACUCACGUCGAGAUAUCGACAAGUGCACGGGCUUCAAGUCUCCGGUACGAUGUCUUCUUGGCCAAAAUAAAAGACAAUCGGAUACUCACCAUGGAGGGAGAACCGGUCAAGUGUCACAUGGAAAUUGAACUCCCAAAAGACAUUGCUUACGAAUGUGGCGACUAUGUGGCUAUUUUACCACUCAACUCUGAGAAAAGUGUUCAAAGAAUCAUGGCGCAUUUCGGCCUGCCCGGUGAUGCGGUGAUUACAAUCAAGUCAAGCGGUCCAUCAACCAUUCCUACGGAUAUUCCACUCUCAGUCUUUGAUGUUUUGCGAAGCUACGUUGAAUUGUCUCAACCUGCCACGAAGAAGGGCAUCAAAAUCUUUACAAAAUACACUGAACAUGCCGACGACAAAGCCUAUUUGGAGAAUCUGACAGUGGAAAAUUCACGCUUCGAACAGGAAAUCACCCAGAAGAGAACAAGCCUCUUCGAGCUACUCACUAAACACCCAUCUAUCAAUUUGCCUUUUGGUGAAUACCUCAGCCUCUUGCCGCCGUUGAAUGUACGUCAAUACUCAAUCUCCUCUUCACCCCUCUCGAACCCCAACGUCUGCUCCAUCAGCUACGGGGUGAUCGACACCAGGGCUUUGUCUGAUGCCAAUCAACGCUUUGAAGGGGUUACCGGAACAUACCUGUGUGGGUUGAAAGCUGGUGAUUCAAUCCAAGUGAGCAUUCGGCCGACGGUGAAGAAAACAUUCCGCCUACCGGUCGACCCAGAGAAAACUCCGCUGCUCAUGUUCGCAGCUGGCACUGGCGUUGCUCCCUUCCGAGGCUUUCUCCAGGCACGGGCCAUUCAGAUGGAGUCAAAUUCUGAACGAAAAUUGGCGCCGGCUGUCCUGUUCUUAGGAUGCCGAAGCCAAACAAAAGACAGGCUUUACGCGGAAGAACUGGACAGUUGGGCGGAGAAAGGUGUCGUGAACAUCAGAUACGCAUUCAGCAGAGAGAAAGAAGCUUCUCUAGGCUGUGCGUACGUGCCAGAAAGGAUGGUCCGCGAAGCAGAGGAGAUUGUGACUCUGUGGAGAAGUGGCGCUCGGGCUUAUAUUUGCGGUACCCGAAAGUUCUCCGAAGGAAUUCGUGACGCUGCAAAAAAGAUAGCCGUUAUGGUCAGGGACGGCGAACAUGGUCGAACGGAAGCUGAGUUGAAGGAGUUGGAGCAACGUUUUCGCGAGGCCAUGCAGACUAGAGUUGCCAGCGACGUUUUUGACUGA